AUGGCUCCGAUUGUGUCGCAGUGCCAGGCACUGCGAUUCGCUGAUCAACAGCGAUGCACGGAAGAGGCCACUCACGCAAAUGAGCUGUUCUGCCUCUUGCAUGCCAGACAAGCUCACGGCCUGUACAUCGGUUAUAAGAGGCGAAAUGCACAGCUUGAUGCUCUCGAUGAAAAUCCCCCAGAUUAUCUGGCAGGGACGCAUAUUCCCCUUGCCAACGAUGACUUCGACUCUGUUGACGACAGCAAGGAGAUGGAGGAGAUCAUUGAUCAUCUCCACGUCAAGUGGAACACCCUAAAUCGAGUCAUCGAAGCUCGUAGAAAGCAUCAUGCCCAUUUCUACUCAAUCAGCUAUGACUAUGGCCAUCAGGCCUAUAUCGAUAAGCUCGUCAGUCAUCGUCACAUCGUCCUUCUGGCCCUUGGACGAGCCCGGAAGCGACUCAUGGCCAUUCUGUACAAGAAAGAGCAGUGGUACUCAUGGGUACGCGAUGCUCAAGAUGAUGAAGAAUUGUACCGCGAGAAAGAGCAGAAGAAGCUCAAGCAGGAAGCUGCUCUAUUCAAGCGUCACAUGAAGCAGAUGGAAGCGAGAAUGGAAUUGAUGCGGAAGAGGGAGGACCAAAAAUUUCAAGAUGCCUUCCUUGAAGAAGCAUAUAGAGAGCGCAUGGCUAUGAAUGAAGACGCAGACGAUGAGGCCUGGGAUCCUAUCGAGGAUAUGGAGGAUGAGCAGAGACAUCGAUACAUUGACCUGAUCAAGCACUUCUUGUGGAUGGAAGUUGAAGUCGAUGAAGCUACUGCUGAGAAGCCCGCCCCAGAGGAUGCAUCGUCGAGCAAACCUGCAGAAGAGCCUGCACCUGCUGAGGAGGCACCCGUGCCUACCAAGAAGCUGAAAAAUAAGAAGAAAAAUAAAGGAAAGGCCAAUGCUGCCGCCAAUAGCUCACCACUGGAAGAACUUCAGAAUCUCCUUGGACAAAAGAAGCUCCUCGCCAUGCAGGCCAGCGGAAAACAUAGCACCGAGACUGAGCUAAAGGAGCCGGAUAAGAAGAACAUCGAGACUGAAGAGGAGAUGAGAAAGCGAUUGAGUCAGGGCGUCAAGAAGAACUUGGAUAAUGUCUCCGGCAUGCAGUUGGUCGGUACCAUUGAGAACCCUCACGAGACAUGGGACAAGACUGCUCCAAUGGAAGACGACGAGAUUGACGAGUUGAUCCGAGACAUACGCGAGAUCAAACUCCUCCUCUUCUGCCGUCUCGUCCUCCUACAAGCAUCUCUCCUCCCAGCUGCCCUCCGCGCCACAACCGUCCAAGAAUUCCUCGACGACACAUCCGUCACAGAAGCUGAUCUCCGCGAUCUCUGCCUCAAAGUCGCCGAGCCAACCCUCCAAGACAUCCGCGACGCAUGUGCAGAUUUCGCUCGUGGCGACAAUGCAGACGAUGACCUCCCCAUUGUAGACGACGAUGACGAUGACGAUGACGAUGAAACCAUGGAGCAGCUUUUGCAAGGCGAUAAGCGAUAUCAUCAUCUUCACACUGAUGAUUGGUUCAAAGAACGGGUGAUUAAAGAAGUCGAACGCCGUCGCUUCUUUAAGAAAAAGACUAAGAAAUCGAAGCGUCAGAGAAAGACAAAGGUUACGAUCUGUGGGAAGAGUAUCUGGAAUCAUGCUAGUGAGAACGCAAUGUCGCGCGAUGGAUGGCUCCAAUUCAGUGUCAUGGCAAAGGACUGCGACUUGAAGCAUGCGAUCCAACUUUGCAGAAACUGGUCCGAGUUCUCUGAUCUCAACCUUCUCACGCUAUGGCAGUACUUCCCCGCUUCGAAUUGGACGUCCUGGGGUCAAGAUCGCUUCAUGCAGCAGCUACAACAACUGGGUUUCUUCCCUUACUUCACAGACUUUGAUGCAGAUAAGUACAGUCAUCAUCAUCAAAUUGGCGGAAGAAGUCAAGGUCGUCGCCAGCAUGAUAUCGUUGAAACGAGGAACAUUCUCGUUGGAAACAUGAAGCGGAAUGAUCCAGUGACUAGACGCUUUCUGCAGUAUUUGCUCAUGCGGAGGGGAGAGCUUCUCGUCAUGGUGCGGGAUGGCAAGACUGGGCGAGUCAUCACUGCUCCAGAUGAUGAACAGCUCUGGACAUAUCGAAAGAAACAAGGGCUUGGGAGGGCGUCCAAGAAUGAUUGGUUUAAUAUUCUAGAGGUUGGGCCUGAUUUUAUGAAGUUGACGGAUAUUCUGAGGGAGUGGCGGUUUGGGUUCGAUGAUUACUAUGAUGUGUUUAUCUGGGACUUUGUGCCUGGCGAGCCACACAUAGACCUCUACAACAUUGUCGUCAUGGAACUCCGUAAUGCCUGGCGUAUGAGAACGCCUCGCGACAUGUACGUCCACAUGGAAUCCCUCCUCCGCAGCCUCCACCGCAACGAAAAGACCAUGCGCACGCGGCAGAUCAAACCCGGCGAGAACCUCAAAUCCCUCUGGGACACCAUUGCCGACGAAAGAUCAGAAUUCCGCCUCUUUGACGUGAGCAACAAAAAAGUCACCAUGCGCAAAGAUACCGAACUAGCUGAAUCGCCAUACAUGUUCUACAACAAAGCCAACGAAGUCGAAGACGCGAUCCUCUUUCCCGAUGAACUCACCUCUGACAGAAAGAGUGUUGCAUUCCGAGAGAUUAGGAAUGGUGUUGCGAGUAUCGAGGAUGGGAUACUGCCUAGUACGGCUAGACAUUUCGUCAAGGGGCUGGAGGCUAUUAAUAAGGGCAAGGAUCCUAUGAAGGCGAUGCGUAUGGCGAAGCAUGAGGACCAGGAUAAUAUUUGGGGUCUGCCCAAGGUUUGGGAGACGGCGCUUUUGCAGGCGAGGAGUGAUAAGCUGAAGAAGUCGCAGAAGGCACUUCUUCAGCGGACGGGGUUGUUGCAUGCGUAUAAGACGCUGUCGUAUGAUCGACGGCUUGAAGAGUCUGAUCCUAUGGAGAUGAUGGAGCGAGAUCGAGCAUUUAGUUUCAAGGAGUCUUUCCACGCUGGAGAUCUCGAACCAGGAUACAACGCCAAAUACAACCUCCUCCAAGAAACACUCCGCGCUAUGCUUAAAACCCCUCAUGUCGGCUCAACCGAUUGGAUCUUCUUCAUAGCCGAGAUUCUCGAAUGGCUUGAUCUUCGCGGCGAUUACGACGACUACGCUCAAGAUCCGCAGUACCCUUGGCCGCAUAGCUUCAUCGUGCAAGACAUUGUCCAAGCAUUCGCCAUGAUCGCCAUGUUCUUCCCAAACUCAGAUGUUGCAAAGCUACCUACUAUGUUUGUCAACUCAAGCCAGUGCGAUGAGUUUAGAAAGUCAGGAGUCUUUGAUCCCAAGGAACGAAGUAAAGUACGGCCUGAUCGGAGGACGAGAACGAGCUAUAAGUUCAGGAACAAGGAGUUUUGGAAGGAGUGGAAGGAGUUUUAUAAGACGGAGAGGUAUUUUGGGGAUGUGUACCCUAUGGAAUGGAGUCUGACAGUCCGUCCUAUCAUCGCCCACUUGUAUCAAGCUGGUGUUAUAGCCCCAGCGUAUAUGCAAAACCACCCCGAAGUCGUUCUCGGCAUGGCAACAGCCAACAAAGAACCCCAUCGCCCCGACAAACUCGACCUCUUCAUCAACUACCACGACCAAUACGGCAACUUCCCCAUGACAUAUCCCCCAACCUUCGUCGACCCCUCCAAAUGGCCAGAAGUCGUCCCCACCGCACGCAUAUUCUCCCAAAAGCACCCCACCGCUCGCUUCGCCCUCCUCCGUCUCUGGUCCGCACCGCACUACUACCCCUUCAUGGUAGGCAUGUUCAACCGCAGAAACACAAGCUUCCUCGAUAGUCGCGGCCGAUCGUGGGAGUGGAAGUUUGUGCCCAAGGAUAUGCCUGGUAGUGAAUUCAGUGCGCAUCACACUACGGGGAAGAGACUAGAUGUGCUGAAGGAUAAGUUUAGGGAUAGGGUUGUGCAUAGGGGGGAUUUAAUAUUGGUUAUGGGAGUUGAUGAGGAUGAUUUGUUGAGGUUUUGUACGGCUGUUACGUUUGCCAUGCAGACGAAGCCGUGGCUGAGGGAGAUUGAUCUCUGGAAGAGCUUCAUCAACGUGGACUUUGAGUUUCUGCUGGACUUGGAGCCAUUUUGGAUGGAAUAG